UCAACAGAUUCAAGGAAAUAUUUCAAACCUAAAUUUUUUAGAUUGAAAAUCUAUAAACAGGAUUUGCAUGGACCAUCUUUCUCAUUAAUACGAACAUGGCAGCCCUCAAAAUCACCAAAAAGCACCACAAACAUUUUAAUAACCCAUUUCCGUCAAGCCCAACAGUCCUACCUUCCAUUCAAGGAACUCUAUCUUUCAAUUCCCAAAAAGUGCCUUCACACCAGAUAUUCUCAAUUGGGAAGGACUUCCAGCUUCUAUGGAGCUCCAAAGAUGGUGGUCUUCUCUCCAUUUCUCAUCACUCAUGUCCUUCUAGGCCCAUAUGGUCUACCAUGCCCGGCCAAGCCUUUGUGUCUGCAGCUUUGGUUGAAACAGAGGUGGAGGAAAGCAGGGGUUCCUUUGCUGUCAAAGAUGGAGAUGUUCAUUUGGUUUGUAACCACCAAACCAUAGAGGAAAUAAGAUUGAUUGAUCAGUUUGAUCCUUCUUUAGAGCCUAAAUGCCAAGAUUCUCCAUCUGGGCAUCCGGGGCUUGAGCAGAAAAAAUAUAUGAAUGGUACCCAAUUCCCCAUUUUGCUAAUAACUGGUUGGGUUUUCAGCAUGAAGAAAAAGAAAAGGCAGUUUCAAAAAGACGGAAUUCGUGCAGAAAUACAAUUUGAGACAAAGGAUCCUUCUACUCGUGCAAGGUAUUGGUUACUAUUCGAUCAGAAAAACAACAAUCAGGUUGGUUUCCAAGUGAUGCUUGGGCAACCAAACUUUAAGCUACGCCAAAAAGCCUCUUCAACAGCUUCAGGAAGAUACCGGGGUUUUAGGCGGAGGCUAGGACGGAUAAAGAAACGGAGGCUUGGUUUCUGUUGGUACACUUCAAGGCCGAGAGGGUACGUCACAGUUUCCUCAGCAGAGAAGGAAAUACAAGACAAGAGAGUUGAAGAAUCCACGCAAUUCAACAGGGUAUGUUUGACCUAUUCAAGUGAAGCAAAUGAGAGAUUCUACGGUUUUGGGGAGCAGUUCUCACAUCUGGAUUUCAAAGGCAAAAGGGUACCUAUUUUUGUUCAAGAACAAGGCAUCGGAAGAGGGGAUCAACCUAUUACUUUUGCAGCUAACUUGGUUAGCUAUAGGGCUGGGGGUGAUUGGAGUACAACUUAUGCUCCUUCUCCAUUCUAUAUGACAUCAAAGAUGCGAUCUCUCUAUCUCGAAGGAUAUGAUUAUUCCGUUUUCGAUCUAACAAUGAAUGACAGAGUUCAGAUUCAGAUGCACGGGUCUUCAGUUCAAGGACGGAUUUUGCACGGGAACUCACCUUCUGAGCUCAUUGAACAUUUUACAGAAACCAUUGGGAGGCCUCCUGAGCUUCCUGAGUGGAUAAUAUCUGGUGCGGUGGUUGGAAUGCAAGGUGGCACAGAAACCGUUCGCCAUAUUUGGAAUAAGCUGAAGACCUACAAUGUUCCCAUUUCAGCUUUUUGGCUUCAGGAUUGGGUAGGGCAGAGGGAGACAUUGAUUGGAUCGCAACUGUGGUGGAAUUGGGAAGUGGAUACAAAAAGGUAUUAUGGAUGGCAGCAACUGGUUCAAGAUCUCAGUGCUCGGCAUAUCAAAGUGCUGACAUACUGCAAUCCUUGUCUAGCUCCAACUCAUGAGAAACCAAACAAAAGGAGAAACCAUUUUGAGGAGGCAAAGAGUUUGGACAUCUUAGUCAAAGAUAAGCAUGGACAACCAUACAUGGUUCCAAAUACAGCUUUUGAUGUUGGAAUGUUGGAUUUGACGCACCCAAAGACCGCUGGUUGGUUCAAACAGAUUUUACAAGAAAUGGUGGAUGAUGGAGUUAGAGGAUGGAUGGCUGAUUUUGGUGAAGGCCUGCCUGUGGAUGCCACCCUCUAUUCAGGUGAAGAUCCAAUUUCUGCACAUAAUAGGUACCCUGAGCUAUGGGCCCAAAUAAACAGAGAGUUUGUGGAAGAAUGGAAAAGCAACUGUGUGGGUAAGGUGAAAGAAGACCCACAAGAGGCGCUAGUUUUCUUCAUGAGAGCUGGGUUCAGAAAUAGUCCCAAAUGGGGGAUGCUAUUUUGGGAAGGAGACCAAAUGGUAAGUUGGCAGGCUAAUGAUGGGAUAAAGAGUGCGGUUACUGGCCUACUCAGCAGUGGACUUUCAGGAUAUGCUUUUAACCACAGUGAUAUUGGGGGCUACUGUGCAGUAAACUUGCCUUUUAUUAAGUACAGAAGAAGUGAAGAGUUGCUCUUGCGUUGGAUGGAGCUAAAUGCUUUCACCACCGUCUUCCGGACCCAUGAAGGGAACAAGCCAUCCUGCAACAGCCAAUUUUACUCAAACCACCAAACUUUAUCUCAAUUUGCUCGCUUUGCUGAGGUGUAUAGAGCAUGGAAGUUUUACAGAAUCCAACUUGUAAAGGAAGCUGCUCAAAAGGGCCUUCCAGUUUGCCGCCACCUAUUUCUCCACUACCCAGAAGAUGAACAUGUGCAUAGCUUGAGCUACCAGCAAUUCUUGGUUGGCACUGAGAUCCUAGUGGCGCCUGUCCUAGACAAAGGCAAGAAGAAUGUAAAGGUCUAUUUUCCUGUGGGGGAAAGUUGUGAUUGGCAACAUAUAUGGACGGGGAAACUAUAUAGAGGGCAAGGUUGUGAAGCUUGGGUAGAAGCUCCAAUUGGUUACCCUGCAGUAUUUGUAAAGACUGGCUCCACCAUCGGAGAAACCUUCGUAAAAAAUCUGAGAGAUUUCAACAUUCUGUAGCAUAGCAGUCCUCAACGAGGGCGACACUAAUUAUUCAUCAUUGGCUGUUUAUCCAGUUUUGGACACUCUCAAUUCAUCCACAAAUAACCUAUAUCAUACCUACAGAUAACAGGCUGAAUGCUACAGUUUUUGCUCGAGGAUAAAGUACAUCUCAGUUCCAAUUUAAUUAAUAUUAAGUUAGCAUGAGUGAAACUGGAACUAGUAUAAGCAAAUGACUUGCAUUCUUUCAAGUUCAUACCUUCAUUCUGGAGGCUCUUCCUAUAUAGACAGCAAUACAACUUUUUUCAGGAACUGCCCCGAUUGUAUUUCAGCUGUUGGAGCAAAAAAGCAAGUGGGCGGAAUUGCCAAAUUUCCCCCUAAAACAGGAAGUAUUCGAGGAUUCAAAAGUGGCACUUACCAACGAAACCAAACUCCAGAGAC